GGUAGAGUCGUUUUCUCCACACGUUGCCGUUGGUGUUUACAUCGUCCUUUGUUUUUAUUCCUCAAGACUCUUCGUAAGUCGACGCUACCACCAACCUGUAACGAAUUGCGACGUGAAUGAGAAGAUUUAUAUUUGGAUUCAACUACCAUUCACCCAUAAAAUUCCUCAAAAUGCCUUAUUAUGCUGUGGCAAAAGGUCGUAAUCCUGGCAUUUAUAUGACUUGGGAUGAGUGUAAAGCACAAGUGGACAGGUUUCCUGGAGCUGCUUUCAAGAAAUUCAAUGCCAAAGCAGAAGCCCAGAGCUUCGUUACAGCUGGAGCCUCACGAACCGGAGGCAAAGAGAGGGCUGAAAAGGCAUCAGCCAGGUACCAGCCAUAUUCAACAAUUUUCAGAGACAAAAAAAAGAGGUCUCAGACCGAGGAGGAAGCAGAUCCUUGCCCUCUGAGAGACUUUCUACGUUUUCAGAAGGGCAGGAAGGGUUAUGAAGCUCAUGGCAAGUACCCCAGUGCUCUUAAUACUGAUUCUGAGAAUCGUGUCGACAUUUUCACUGAUGGUGCAUGUUCUGGAAAUGGCUAUCGUGGAGCCAAAGCUGGAUUUGGUGUCUAUUUUGGAGAGAAUCAUCCUUUAAAUGUUGCUAAACCAGUAGUGGGCCGUCCAACAAACAACAAUGCAGAGAUUCAGGCUGUGACAGAGGCUGCUCUGAUCGCGAAGAAGAAUGGAAUGUGCAAGAUUAGAAUAAACACCGACUCUCAAUUCUUGAUCAGCUGCCUGACGCAGUGGAUGCCUGGAUGGAAACGUAGGGGGUGGAAAACUGCAUCGAAUCAACCGGUGAUAAAUAAGGAGGAGUUAAUAGACAUGGAGCAGGCUCUCACUGGAUUAGAUUACGAAUUCAAUCACGUGAGAGGACAUUCUGGUAUCCGAGGUAACGAGGAAGCUGACAGAUUGGCUCGAUUAGGAGCUGAAUCAUACAAGUGAAGUGAAACUGUUUUGCCAGGGGUCCAGGAGUUAUCGGGAUCCAUUAUAUCCACUUUCUACCUGAAUAAACCAUUUUUGUGUUACUUUGUUUAUUUAAGAUGCUUGAUAUGCUAGUUAAGAUACUGUGUACGAUUUAAGAGACAAAAAGACCAGCUUUCAAUUCCCUGCAAAAUUGUGGUUAUUUUUGGAUUUAAACAGCAAUGUAUACUCAUGCAGACGGAUAUGGAGUAAUUUGUCACAUGGAAUUGUUGUAAUAAAAUUCUCAGGUCCCAUAAAAUA